AUGGCACCAUCUUCAGUUGAGAUCGAUGAGUAUGAUCGACAUCCGAGCCACCUUCGGUCGCGUUCAGGAAGCUAUGUCGAUCACAUAGAAGAGAAGACGAGAUGGGACCGGAGAAGCCGCGAAAGAGAGAUGAAACGUUACCAUGACAGCCGCUAUGGUACAGCCUCAUUUUCAAGGUCUUCCAAUCAACCUACGCCUGACCGACUCGGCGUUCCUGUAUUCGAAACAACAGGAAGGACGCGAUCGAGUUCAGAUGCGAGCAGAAGACCUAGAGAACCAGAACGAAGGUACAACACACAGGAGGUGCGCCCGAGCACUGUCCCAGUCGACAGGUACGAUCUGACCAGCGAGCCAAUCUUACCCAGUCAGUCAACUGUCGUGUAUGAGCGAAAGAUGCAGCACCAGAAAAAGCCAAGCAUCAAGGUGGAAAUCCACCAAGAUAAUCCUCCCUUGUCCGUGAGCGGCACCUUUGCGCCAAAGAGGAGCCCAAGCGCUAGUCCAAGAUCACGUACUGCACAACCUCAGCUUCAGUACCAAUAUGCAACAAUUCAAAACAAGCUCUACCAAAUCAGCAGUACAUGCGCGCCAUACAUCGACGUUGAAGCAGCAGAGCCUCAAGACCUCACUUUUGAAAAGAUAGUUGAACAGACUAAAGCCUUUUCUUUCGAUUUGCGGGUGUGGGCUCAUCUUGCGAACAUUGAGGGUAUGGCCAGGGUCGAUUCACGUAAAAGGGAGGUCGUGGAUGCUGCAUCGCGAAGCCUGGACCGCCUGCUGGAUCAGAUAACGACCUUGAACGACGCUUGUUUCAGGGCCAAGCCGCGGGAUCUAAAGUUUAAAGUGCUCCCUGAAGUCGAAGAUGACAGCUUGUUCGAAGAUGGAGAUGACGACAGUCUACACAGCAUCGAGCUGCAAAUCCAAAACCUCAAGCGCUUGAGUCGGACGCUGCAAGAGGCCACACCAGAUGCGAAGAGCGAGGUUAUGGCGAUCGCGGGGCUCGUAGCGGAGACAGUAAAGUACUUUGGAUCGCAGGAAGCAUUGAGUCGCUGA